CGUCGUCUCUACUAUUUCUCAUUUAAGUGCAUUUUUAACUUUAUUGAAAUAAACAACCUUCAAGUCUCCUCAUUUUCAUAUUAAACAGCUUUCAUUGAACACACCUCAAUUUGCAUAAAUUCCAAUAGUUUUCCUAUUUGACAUUUGCAGUAAAUACCAUCAGCCCAGAGAAUGUAAAUUUUGCUUAUUAGCCAUUUAGUGGAAAUGCAUUUUAAAUAAGAAAUUUAGUGAAUUAGUAAAAUAGAUAUAGUUAAAGCAAUAAAUUAAUAUAUUUGCAUAUAGUUACUUUUGAAUUGGUUCGAAUUCAAAGCUAUCGAAGUUGACUAGUAAUUUCACAAGUGUGUGUGUAUUUUCCGCCCAUUCACUUGACUCGGUUGUCGCGGAAUGCAUUUUCUCAAUGUGUGUAUAUUUCUGUAUAGGGCGAUUUGUGAAGUGCUAGGUGUUAAACGAAAACAGCAAUAACAUCAAACGCAACGAACUUGUCGAGCAUUAUUAGAAAUAAGUUGUAUUAGCGGUGAUCAUUACUCAGUUAAGGCAUUGAAAUGGAAUGUGCUGCGCUCACUUAGAUAUUUUACAAUAUAACGAAAUGUAUUUAAACCUACCAUCCUUGAAUUAGUUCCAUACAUAUAUACAUAUGAACAUACGAAAUAAAAAUAAACAAAUUUGUAAAAUAUGAAGGCAUCUUACAAUUUAAAAUAAUUGAUACAAGUAUAAGUCUUUAUAAACACUAACUAAGAAGUGCCUAAAAUGGAUGAACAUACACUGAAUGAUUUAUUGGAGUGCUCUGUGUGUUUGGAACGUUUGGAUACUUCAUCGAAGGUGUUACCCUGCCAACAUACAUUUUGUCGGAAAUGUUUAGAGGUGAUCGUGUCCAGUCGACAAGAGUUGCGUUGUCCGGAAUGUCGUGUGUUAGUUGAGGUAAAAAUAGAUAAUUUACCACCAAACGUACUCUUGAUGCGGAUACUAGAAGGCAUGAAAAAUGCAGCCGCUAUUAAAACACAACAACAGCAAAAAUCGCACACCUCCAAAUCCAGCCCGGAUAUACGAAAUGUCAACGAUUAUGAGCAGCAGCAACAACAACAGACAAUUGAAGCAACCCAAAUCCAACAGCAACAGUUAACGCCGGUCAGUAACAGCAUAAAUGGUGGUGCCCAUCCGCCCCCACAACAGUUUAUACAACAGCGACGAUGUUUGUUGCCACACGCUUAUGCACUUUAUGAUUUCGAAUCAGCUGAACCGUCCGAUUUGCACUUUAAGAAAGGCGAUUUGGUGUUACUUAAGCGUAAAAUCGACAGUAAUUGGUACGUGGGACAGCUUAAUAAUGGCAACGGUUACAUUACGGAGGGUACUUUCCCCAUAAAUCACGUGCAAGUUGUUGUACCGUUGCCAACACCGCAAUGUAUUGCAUUAUAUGAUUUUAAAAUGCCGCCGAAUGAGGAGCAAGGUUGUCUUACAUUUAAAAAAGGUACCGUUAUACAUGUUUUACGGCGCGUGGAUCAUAAUUGGGCUGAGGGUUGCAUUGGCAGUGCAAUUGGUAUAUUUCCAAUAGCCUUUGUUGAAUUGAAUGCACUCGCCAAGCAGGUGCUCGAAGCAACUUACCUAGUUACGAAUAUGUCAACUGCAACAUCGACUGCCACGCCAUCCAUAGAUAUAGCUGCAUUGGCAGCCAAUUAUACUGCAACAGCUAUGGGCAAUGCUAAGCAAACAAUCGCGCACCAGCUACGCAAUCCACCGCCAAUGCCACAAAUCGAUACGAACAAUAGUGAAUCAACGACGUCAUCAGCAUCAGCAUCGAAUUCCUCAUCAAGUGCUACCAGCCCGCAAUCGGUUAGCACCACAACAACAACUACGGCGACAAAUAGCGGCAUAGCAUGCGUCGGCAUCAACAGUGGUGUCAACUCAACAUCGAUGCCCAGCAGUCCGAAUCAGUCACUGCCCGCCUCGCCACAGCAUGAAUGUAGCAAUCUAAAUAUCGUCAGUGGCUCCAGCUCUGUACGUUUUCGUGAUAAACGCGAAAAGCGUCAUUCCUUAAAUGCUCUGCUCUCAGCUGGUAACUUGCACACAGGUUUGGGCACAGGCGCAACGUUAAGCAUACUGCAGUCGAAUCGUCAUUCAGCGGAAAUUUUAAGCGUACCCGCAGAAACAAAUUCGGCAGAUAUUGUGCGGCAUAUUUCGUGCGGCGGUAGUGGCGAAGUACAAGAUGGCAACAAUGCUGCGAACGUGGCGGUGCCGCAAAGCACAAUCGCACGAGAACAACAGCAACAACAAAUGCACACCCAACACAUGCAACAAAAGCAGCAACUGCCGCCACAGCAGUCGCAGCAGCGCGUAAACGUUUUAAAAACCAGUGUUGUCCAACAGCAUAUACCACCAAGUUUACCUUGGGGUUAUCUCGCGCUUUAUCCAUACAAACCACGCAAAAGUGAUGAAUUGGAAUUGAAAAAAGGUUGUGUUUACAUCGUGACAGAGCGCUGUUUGGAUGGUUGGUUCAAGGGUAAAAACUGGCAAGAUAUUACCGGCGUUUUUCCGGGUAACUAUGUGACGCCACUACGUAGCCGCGAUCAACAACAAUUGAUGCAUCAAUGGAAAUAUGUGCCACUGCAGAGCUCACCGCACCUCAAUCAAUCCACAAUAAAAACCGUACCGAAUCUGUUGCCAAUUGUUCAAUCGCCGUCUGCUGUGUCAUCAACAUCACAGCGAAUUCAAAGUCUACAUCAACCGCCCGAUUUACCGCCACGUCAAGUGAGCAGCGCAUUGCCAGUUUCGUCGGUUUGGACAAAACCACUCGGUCAUACGGUUGAGGCAUUUUUCAAUCGUUACAGCAAGACACAUGAUAUCACGAAAGAGCAAAGCGUUAAGGAGAAGGAUAGCGGCAAGCAAAAGGAAAAUAUGCCAAAUGCAGUCGCACCAACAGCUUCUUCCUCCACCACAUCCAGUGCGGUGCAGUUAAUGAAGCGCUUGGCGCACAUCAAAUCACGUUCGAAAUCUCCAAGUAGUGCAAUCGCACGUCAGCAACAGAAAAGUCCACACGCACAAUCCGCACAUGACUCGUCAACAACAACUACAAUCGAUGAUUCAGCCAUUCAUAAUAAGAGCAAAAAUUCCAUAUGCAAUGCCACACAGAAAAGCAACACACAUUUCGCAUCAGCUAAUACACACGCACAAUUGCAUCCAGUACAUGUGCGCUCUGGCUCCUGUCCUAGCCAAUUGUUGCAGAGUCUACCAAAUGACCCCACAGCGCUCGCGGCAACUGCUGCAAAUACGUCUGCAAUGGCACAAAUUCAAGAGAAUAUGCACACGACACAGCAACAUUCUACGCAACAAAAACAUCAACAACAAGCACAAAUGCAACAAAACGCAGCACAAAGUGUGGGCUAUGGAUCACAGCAGUUGAGAGGCCCAAAAGAACGUCCACACCUGCAAAACGCACGCCAAUCUAUGGACAAUGCUACCUUGCGUAGCAUUUAUAAUGCAUCGGUGCCCCAACAACCACAACAACAACAAACACUUUCUAACACACCUAAAGGUGUUGGCGAACAACAACAUCAAAUAAUUCCAACAAAUACAAUAACUACAAAUCACCGCAAAUCACAUAGCUUAGAUGCAGCAGCCGCUUUAUCUAGUACCAGUAACGAUUAUGGCGCUAUCAGCGGUAGCAAUAGUGGGCUGACAGCAUUGCUUGCGCCAUGCAAUAUAACAGCAGCGGCUGUUGCUGCAAGUGCGACCACCAAGUCCACACAGUGCUCACGCGAAAGCCGUUUCAGAUGUGUAGUUCCAUAUCCACCUAAUAGUGAAAUAGAGCUGGAAUUACAAGUAGGCGAUAUAAUUUAUGUGCAACGUCGUCAAAAAAAUGGUUGGUACAAAGGCACGCAUGCGCGCACCAAUAAGACAGGUCUGUUUCCAGCAUCAUUCGUUGAGCCAGAUAUAUAAAUCAGCAAAAGGAGAACGGGAAUAUAAUUGGGAAUCUCAAAUAAGUCAAAGUUAUCAACGAAAUGUCACUAAGUUUGUUUUUCGUUAUAUUGUUGCACAAUACGUUAGAAAGUAAUUACGGUAGUUUAGAAAGUUUAAAGUUAACACACCCAAUGUUCGAUUAUGCAUUCACAGCCAAUAUGCAAAUUUUAAAGAUAAGUUUUGUGAAGGCAAUCAAAAUCUUUAAUCACUUCAUUGAAAUUUUAUAAUCGAUACGUAAUAAUCGAUUGCAGUAAUUUCUUUUCAUUUAGUUUUAUCAUUAUUUUAAGAUUUUUAAUCAUUUUUUUUUUAUUUUAUUUAUUUUUUUUAAUUUAAUGUUUUUUUUUUUUUUAUUUUUUUUAAUUUAAUAUUUUUUUAAUUAAUUUUUUAUUUAGUUAUUUUAUUUUUUUUUAAUUUUUAUUCUUAAUUUUUAUUUUAUUAUUAUUUUUUUAUUUAUUUUUUCUAUUUCUUUAUUUAUUAUUUUUUUGCCAUUUCAUAGUUUUAUUAUUUUUUUAAGAUUUUUAUUAAUUUUUUUUAUUUAUUUAAUUAUUAUAUUUUUUUUAAUUUAAUUUUUUUAGUUAUUUAAUUUUUAUUUAUUUAUUUUUUUUUUUAUUAUUAAUUUUUUAUUUUAUUAUUAUUUUUUAAUUUUUUUUUUAUUUCUGUAUUUAUUACUUUUUUUUUGUCAUUUACUUUUUAUUACAUUUUUAUUUUUUUUUAAUAUUUAUAUAUAUAUUUUUAAUUAUUUCUUAGUCUAUCCCAGUAUAUCGCAAGAAUAUUGAUUGCUAGAAUGUACAAGCUAUACAUACAUACAUAUACUUAUACAAGCAUAUAUAUUUUUAUUAAAUUUCGUUAAAAAUUAGCAAUUAAUCGCUGGUCGAUGACCACAGAUUUCUUUAUAGUUUUACCUAUUGUUGAAAACAAAAUUUUUUGAAACUUUGUGAAAGUUAAUUAUUAAAUUACAAUAAAAAAUACAUACAUGUAUAAACAUAAAGGUAGGGUGACUAACUGAGUAAUUGAGCUAAUUAUAAUAAGUUCUAAUUUUCUGUUUGUAAAAGACAUACACGCGUUCUUCUGAUGUUGUUGGUUUUUAGUCAAUGGGGCGAGCUAUUUUUUUUUUUUUUGUUUUAGUAGUAGAAGUAAUUGAUGUAUGAAGGCGAAUUAAAGAUCUAAACAAACUAUUUACUAUAAAAUUAGUUUCAUAUUUUUGAUCAAAUAUUGUAAACAAAAAUACUUUUCUUGUAACCUAAAAGAAAGUUAAAUAGCUUAUAAAUAAUUAUAUAUUAUAUGCAUAAGUAACUAACGAAUCUGCUUAGUAUAACUAAUUUAAUACGCAUAUUUUUGAAAAGCAUAGUACAUAUAAAAAAAACUAAGUACAUUUACUAGAUGUUAGGUUAUGGUUGUCCACAUUACACAUUAAUAAUGAAUUCGCACAAUUUUUGUUAUACAAUACAUAAAUAUAAAUUUAAAUAAAAUGUAAGUUAAAUACUUUUAAACGAAAGAUGAUUUAAGCAAUAAUUUGAAAAGGCAAAUCACAGCUCCUUUAAUUCUCGAGCAUAUUUCGCCUAACACAAUGUGAACAAACAGUUUUGUACUUUAAAGAAGUAACACUCUCGAAUCAGAAAGUAUCCUGCCAUUUUUUAUACUUUUUUACUAUGUAAUUUUAUACAAACUAAUACAUGCAUUCAUACAUAUGUAUAUAUAUAUAUAGAUACGAAUGCAAAUGUUUUUACACCAUGUAUAAACUUAAAUUACAACUUUUAAGUAAAAUAGUUAAUUAGAACUUUUAUUACCAAUUUUCCUUAUGUAGGAAAAAUAAAAGAUUUACUAACAACCAA